AUGACAGAGUCCUCCCUUCUCACCACGCAUUCCCUUCCUAAUCAUUAUCCGGUCACCGCCGCUCCAUCUUUGGCCUCGCCCUUGCCCAACGGCUCCCUCUCAGACAACAUACAAGAUGAGGAGGAAUACACCAUCAAAUGUAUCUGUAUUUAUGCAGAUGACGAUGGCAACACAGUCUAUUGCCCCAAGUGUGACACCUGGCAGCACAUUGAAUGCUACUACCACGGCAAGAAGGUGCCAGACGAGCAUUUCUGCGCAGACUGCUUUCCUCGAGAUCUUGACACAAAGAAAGCCACAGAACGACAACGAAGGCAUCGAGAGGCACUUGAAGGCGGUGACCGGAAGGUCAAGAGAGCGAGCUCAAAAUCACAGAAGAAAAAGCAUAAGGACAUACACCCGACGCCCGAACAUGCCAACGGCUGGCACCAUGAUCGCCAUGAAUCUGUGACCAGUACAAGAGAAGGACCACCAGCGAAGAAACCCAAGACGAGCCAUCGCACGUCGGGCUCUGUCGUGUCUACCAAUGGUGAAACUCGGAAAAGAGCCGCUUCGACACUCCAGUCGUACCCAAGCCCUUCCAAAUCUCCUCAGGACCAUUUCCGUUUCCCUGCUAUCCCUACGUACACCCUUGAUUUUCUUGAGCUCUAUGACCGCGAUGAAGGAAACACAAAUGCCAGGGACAACGAGCAAACGAUACAAGCUACCAACACACUCUUUGCAUGGCGUACAGACCCAUCUUUGGUUGUCGGCCCUGGACAACAACCCACCGCGAAAUCACCUUUCGUGCGCUCGGAUCAACCUCUAGAUCAGAGUACGUGGCCACAAAUUUCGGUGGAGACAAUCAGGAAGACGGAUGUCGAGUACGAUGGCAGACAUCCAACUUGGCGCUUCCUGCGCAUACAAACGCCCGUGAAGAAGAACGAGGUCGUGGGUGAAGUUCGAGGCCAGGUCGGCAUGUUGGAAGAGUAUUGCCAGCAGAAAUCAUCAUCCAACAGAUGGCAAGAGUUGAGGCACCCGGACCCUUUUGUCUUCUUCCACCCGCACAUGGAUAUCUACAUUGACAGCAGGAAAUCGGGCACUCAUUUUCGGUACUUGAGAAGAUCAUGUCGGCCGAACGUCACCUUGAAGACUUUCGUUUCCGACAACGAUGAAACUCGCCAUUGCUUCGUUGCAAGCCAGGACAUUCCGACUGGUUCCGAGCUGACCACCCCGUGGUUUCUAGAUCAGGCCAUGAUCGCAGCAGAAGAUUCCGAACUGGGUCAAAAUCGACGCCUUGACUGGGUCAGCCGUGUCCUCGCCAAUUUUGGCGACUGCGCAUGCGAUGCUGGUGCGGCUUGCCUUCUUGCGCCAUUCGAUCGAAGGUUUCCACCCAAAUCAUUGGAGGCUGCGCCCAAAGAGAAAGGGAAGAGGAAGAAGCAAAGUAAGAACCAAACCAUUUCGCCCUUUAGUACUGGACAUGCCACCAACAGUCGUGCAGGAAGCGAGCCCAAGGUGCUCGAUGACGAAGACCCAUCCGAUCGUCGAUCUACCCCAGAUUCUUCUCGCAGCGGAGGACCAAGUCGAGAUAUCACGCCGGUCAAUGUCGCUGCUCUCGAUGCCGACCCUGUCCUUGGAAACGGACUUACUGCUCGUGAGCUUCGUAAAAUCCAAAUGGCGGAAAAGGCGUUCGCACAGAGAGAACAGGAAAAGAAGGAUCAAAGUGGCCAGGCUGUGCAGCGCAAGAAGAAGCGCACCAGCGGUGGAUCAACGCUCAAUACCCCUAACAUCAACUCCUCGAAGCAGCUGGGCCAUCACAUAACUUCACAUCCUAACACGCCCAAUGGACAGCAGCCCAGACUCAAUGAAACUGCCCUGGGUUCACCACCACCGCCACGAGCUCCUGCAUGCCGAGGCAAGUCCAUGGAACCCCCCAGCAAACCCCAGCCGAGAACACAGCGGCCUGUGUAUACUAGUGCUGCGGUUCAGACAGACCCUGAAGAGCACGAUCCGCCUCUACCGCCACCAGCGAAGAGGAGGAAAUUCUCCACACCUACGCAGCGCUUGCUUCGGAAACUGCUCGCGGAUCGUGAACGGCAUGGGCAACAAGAGCCGGUCCCUGCCUCUCCUACGUCGGCAAGUAUGCAGCAACAGGUCGAUGCUAGUCCUACCUCGAGGGACGUGGAAAUGAAAGAUUCCAGCGUGGGUGCAGACAAUCCUGUCAGUGAUGCCGCGACCAGUCCGCAACCAGCCAACGAGAACACUAGUCCACCUCAUGAUCUAGGUGUGAUAAGUUAUCCUUUACCAUCGCAGGCGGCACAUACCCACAAUCCUUGGAGACCAUCUCCGACACCGAAGCUAAAUCUGUCCACCUUGCCACCUGUGCCAGCCUUUCCCUCCUCGGCCACCUCCGCCACAUCGUCCUCUACUUCGGCGACAACUCCUGGUUUGACAACAACCGCAACGGCACAAUCUCCUACUCUUAUAGGCUCUAUUGCUACCUCUCAGUUCGGCUUUACACCUGGUGUGGUCACUCCGAGUCCGGCUAGGAAGAAACUGAGCUUGGGAGACUACAUGAGUCGUCGUCUGGCGUCGACCCCGUCCACGGAGAGAUCUCACACACAAGUGGGCUUCGGCACUGGCGAGGUUGAGUCAAUCAAAGAUGCAACGAGCCCGUCGGAGUUAUCACUUGGCACCGCUGAGGUGGCAACAGGGGUUUUACGGUCCGGUCAACAGCUUGCACUCCAGCCUAUGGCUCAAGGUACCCUCCCACUCGGCGAUGUUGAAGAUGCCUCAAUGAAGGACGAGGGUGAGGAGCCAGAAUAUAGUCCGCCCGAGCCUGUGGAACCCGCCGAAGAGGCCUCUCGAUUGCCGACAGGUGCCAGCGCCACGCUUCCUCCAAGUGGACAGAUCACCAUACCGGCGGAGGUCACGAACAUCCUGCACCAGCUGGCACAGUUCAGAAAAUGA